GAUUCGCCGCGGCGCCCUGGAGAUUGGAGGGACGCUCUGAGCAUGUGCAGAGUAGCUCAGAGGCUGCUGCCUCGGCCGGAGGCUGGGGCCCGGCGCUGAUGCACACAGCCGGCUCGGCCUCAGCCCCAGAGAAGUCAGCUCCCUGGGCUGGGGAGGCUGGAGAAGAGCCGUAGCCUCCCCGAGGCCCGAGGAGCUGGAGCGGCGACGCGCAUCCCCCGUUCCCCCUCUUCCACCCGCCUUGAUGACCGCUGCGCCCUCGGGGCCCACGAUGAUGGCGGAGCAGGUGAAAUGCUCCUCGGCGGGGGGCGGCUCCGGACCUGGCUCCGGGCCGGUGGUAAACGCGGAGCUGGAGGUGAAGAAGCUGCAGGAGCUGGUGCGCAAGCUGGAGAAACAGAACGAGCAGCUGCGGAGCCGGGCGGCCGCCGCCCCGCACCUGCUGCUGCUGCCGACGCCGCCGCCCGCUGCGCCACCCCCCGCCGGGGCCUGCAGCCCGUUAAGUCCGCGGAGCCCACCGGCCGCCACCCCCUCGGGGGGCCUGGGGCUCGGGCUGGCGUUGGGCGCAGGGGGAAACGGCGGUGGUAGCGGAGCCUCCAGCCCCGCUUUCCCGGGGCCCUAUUGCCUGCCCAACCCGGCGCCCUCCUCGCUCUGCAGCCUGGCGCAGCCCCUUGAGGCGCCCUUCGUCUCCUUCAAGCCGGCGGCUGGUUUCUUCGGCGCGGGAGGCGGAGGGCCGGAGCCGGGGGUCGCGGAGACACCACCGGGGACCGCCGCCGCGCCGCCCUCCCCGCCCCCCACGCUGCUGGAUGAGGUGGAGCUGCUGGACCUGGAGAGCCUGGCGGCUUGGCGGGACGAGGACGACUACACUUGGUUAUACGUUGGCUCUUCAAAGACAUUCCUGUCAUCAGAGAAAUCCCUGAGCCCUUUGCAGUGGUGUAGACAUGUCCUAGAUAAUCCGACUCCGGAGAUGGAAGCGGCAAGGCGUUCCCUGUGCUUUAGACUGGAGCAAGCUAGCCGAUGGCGGUGUCUCUUCCCUUCAAAUGUCUCACUGGCUUUUCCUUAUAGUCCUGCGGCAAGACUCAGCCCUUAUAGCAAUGGCAUUAAUACUCCCAGCUUCUCUAAAACCUCAAGCAAAGCAAUACUAACACCUGAAAGAACAGGUUACACAUCCAGGGGCUCCCCUCUUAGUCCCCAGUCAUCCAUAGACAGUGAGCUGAGUACUUCUGAAUUGGAGGACGAUUCUAUCUCCAUGGGCUAUAAGUUACAGGACCUCACUGAUGUUCAGAUCAUGGCUCGUCUGCAAGAAGAAAGUCUCCGGCAAGACUAUGCUUCUACUUCAGCAUCUGUGUCGAGACAUAGUUCCAGUGUGUCACUGAGUUCAGGAAAAAAAGGGACGUGUAGUGAUCAAGAAUAUGAUCGGUUCAGCCUGGAGGACGAGGAGGAAUUUGAUCACUUGCCACCACCGCAGCCUCGUCUGCCAAGAUGUUCACCUUUCCAAAGAGGAAUUCCCCAUUCACAGACUUUCUCCAGCAUUCGGGAGUGUAGGAGGAGCCCCAGUUCCCAGUAUUUUCCUUCAAAUAAUUACCAGCAGCAACAGUGUUACUCACCUCAAGCCCAGACUCCAGAUCAACAACCAAAUAGGACCAACGGAGAUAAGCUCCGAAGAAGUAUGCCUAAUCUAGCCCGGAUGCCAAGUACCACUGCCGUUAGUAGCAACGUUAGUUCCCCAGUUACCGUGCGAAAUAGUCAGAGUUUUGACUCCAGCUUGCAUGGAGCUGCAAAUGGAAUUUCAAGAAUACAGUCUUGUAUUCCGUCACCAGGACAGCUUCAGCACAGAAUCCACAGUGUGGGGCAUUUCCCAGUGUCUGUCCGACAGCCUCUUAAAGCCACAGCCUAUGUGAGUCCAACUGUGCAAGGCAGCAGUAGCCUGCCUUUGUCCAACGGCCUCCAGCUCUACUCUCCCACGGGGAUUCCCACCCCCAGCAAAGCCGCAGCUUCUGGCAUAAUGGGCCGCAGCGCACUCCCAAGACCCUCUCUGGCAAUAAAUGGGAGUAACCUGCCUCGGAGCAAAAUUGCACAACCCGUCAGAAGUUUCCUUCAGCCUCCAAAGCCCCUGUCUUCACUCAGCACUCUGAGGGAUGGGAACUGGAGAGAUGGUUGCUACUGAUGCAGUUUUCUGUACCCCUGAUGCGCGGGAAGGGAGUGGAAAUGAGGGUCGUGUUACCCAGCUGGCUGGGUAACAGCAGAUGUCAGGAUAGUCUUUCCCUUUUGCAUUUUCACAUACUUACUGCAUUGUUUUUCAACGGACCAAUCACCAGAGACUAAUUAUUGCACUUAAGUAUUGGCCUGAGAUACUGCAACAGUCACCAAUCCGUGGUUGCAGUAUUGGGACGCUUAGAGCUAGGAGGUUUUGGUAGAACUGCUAUGUACCUGAAUCCUUUUUGAGAGAAUUGAAAUGUAUCAACAAUGCUUUCUUUGCCAUAUGAGUUUGUUUUAAGGUUAACUCGUUCAAUUUACUUACGUGUUCUAAACAUCUUCCCCUCACAUGUUCUGUAUUUUCAUACAUUGCACAUUUACAACUAGGUUCUAUAAUGUAUGCUUUGAAAUUUACUUUUUUAUAGUUUACAGGAAUUUUAUUUUUUGUGCCUAUUUCUUUUUACACCUCUGUGAACCACGAUGGAACAACUUAAAUUUUGUGCCAUAAAAAUAUUUUUGUGGUAAGGUACUAUUUUUUUAGCUCUAGGGAUCUAUCAUCAAAAAUCCAUCAUACAAUUUGAGAGACAUAAUUUUAUGUUGAAUGAGCACAACAUAAUCUGAAGCCUUGCAAGGAGACAGCCAGCCAGACGGCAGAGUGAAAUGGUCUUGUUUUCAUCGUUAAUUUAUUGUCAUCCAUGGGUUUCCUAUUUGUAAUAGCAUCACGGGCUCAUUGCACUUAAUACCUGCAAUGUUUGCUACUGUACCACUUGAUUUUCAAUACUUUAUUACAAAGGAUGAAACUGUAAUGUUUUAUUAACAAUGCUUCUGGAAAUGAAUGCAUUUUAAAGCAAAUAAAUCUUUUUGAUAGACCUUUUACAAAAUCCAGUUGCACUAAUGAAUGCUUUCUUAUGGUAAAUGAGCUAAUAUUUGUUACUGUGUACACCACUGUUUUGGAAUGUUCCAAAAUAAAGACUAUUUCAGCAAUAUCA